GAUUGAGGUCCUCCAGAGAGGGACAAAAAAGCCUAGUUACUGGUCUGGUUUUUCUUACAGAGUACAAGUGUUUUGUACCAUUAGUCUCAGAUAAAGGUACCAAAUUCCAAAUUUAAACUAACAUUCUUAAAUUAAGGAGCGAUAAAAGAACCAGUCAUGAUAACAUCGGCGGCUGGAAUAAUUUCACUCCUUGACGAAGAGGACCCUCAACUCAAGGAGUUUGCUCUGCAAAAGCUGGACUCCAUUGUGAAUGACUUCUGGGCUGAGAUUUCAGGAUCUGUUGAUAAAAUCGAGGUUCUGUAUGAAGAUGAGACUUUUCGGAGCAGAGCAUUUGCUGCUCUGGUGGCCUCAAAGGUUUUUUACCACCUUGGAGCCUUUGAAGAAUCUUUAAAUUAUGCUCUUGGUGCUGGAGAUCUCUUCAGUGUCACAGAUGACUCAGAAUAUGUGGAAACUAUCAUUGCCAAAUGCAUUGAUCAUUACACCAAGCUGCGGGUGGAGAAUGCCGAGCUCCCAGAGGAUGAGGAGAAGAAGAGCAUCGACCCCCGCCUUGAGGGGAUUGUCAACAAGAUGUUCUUGCGCUGCCUUGAUGAUCACAAGUACAAGCAGGCCAUUGGCAUUGCCUUGGAAACUAGACGUCUUGACAUUUUUGAGAAAACUAUUUUGGAAUCGAAUGAUGUCAGUGGCCUCCUUGCCUACAGUCUAAAGGUGUGCAUGUCUCUGAUGCAAAAUAAAAAGUUCCGUAACGAAGUGCUGAGGGUUUUGGUGAAACUCUACAUGAACUUGGAGAAGCCCGAUUUCAUUAAUGUCUGCCAGUGCUUGAUCUUCCUGGAUGACCCUCAAGCUGUGAGUGACAUCCUGGAGAAACUGGUUAAAGAGGACAACCUGCUGAUGGCGUACCAGAUCUGUUUCGACCUCUACGAGAGCGCCAGUCAGCAGUUCCUGUCAUCUGUGAUUCAGAACUUGCACACAGUUGGAACGCCGAUCCCCGCCGUUCCUGGCUCCACAAAUACAGGCACUGUUCCAACAGCAGACAAAGACAGUGAGGCAAUGGAGACGGAUGAUAAGGCUGGCAGCUCUCCUGCAGGAAAGCCCUCAGAAACGAAGGAUGAACCUAAAGACCAGAAUGCCAAGAUGAUCAAGAUUCUAAGUGGGGAGAUGGCCAUCGAGCUGCACUUACAGUUCUUAAUCCGAAAUAACAACACAGAUCUAAUGAUUCUAAAAAACACAAAGGACGCAGUCCGGAAUUCGGUGUGUCACACAGCCACGGUCAUAGCCAACUCUUUUAUGCACUCAGGGACCACAAGUGACCAGUUCCUCAGAGAAAACUUGGAAUGGCUAGCCAGAGCCACCAACUGGGCAAAAUUUACAGCUACAGCAAGUCUUGGUGUCAUCCACAAGGGUCAUGAAAAAGAGGCGCUCCAGUUGAUGGCCACAUAUCUGCCCAAAGACACAUCACCCGGCUCUGCAUACCAGGAAGGAGGAGGCCUUUACGCUCUGGGACUCAUUCAUGCAAACCACGGCGGAGACAUCAUCGAUUACCUGCUCAGCCAACUCAAGAAUGCAAGCAAUGAUAUUGUUCGCCAUGGUGGUGCCCUCGGUCUGGGUUUGGCUGCCCUUGGCACAGCCAGGCAGGAUGUCUAUGACCUCCUCAAGUCAAACCUUUACCAGGACGAUGCUGUCACAGGUGAAGCUGCAGGUUUGGCUCUGGGUCUGGUGAUGCUUGGCUCAAAAUCAGCCCAGGCAAUCGAGGACAUGGUGGGCUAUGCUCAGGAGACCCAACAUGAGAAGAUCCUGCGUGGCCUUGCAGUGGGAAUUGCCAUGGUCAUGUAUGCACGGAUGGAGGAAGCAGAUGCCCUCAUUGAAAGCCUCUGUAGAGAUAAGGAUCCCAUUCUGAGGCGAUCUGGCAUGUACACGGUUGGGAUGGCUUACUGCGGCUCCGGGAACAACAAGGCCAUCCGACGUCUGCUCCAUGUCGCUGUAAGUGAUGUGAAUGACGAUGUCCGAAGAGCUGCUGUGGAGUCCAUUGGCUUCAUUUUGUUCAGGACCCCGGAACAGUGUCCCAGUGUGGUGUCUCUUCUGUCCGAGAGCUACAACCCUCACGUGCGCUGUGGAGCUGCCAUGGCUCUGGGAAUUUGCUGUGCAGGAACUGGCAACAAGGAAGCAAUCAACUUAUUGGAACCUAUGACUAACGAUCCGGUGAAUUACGUGAGACAGGGCGCCCUCAUCGCCUCAGCACUCAUCAUGAUCCAGCAGACGGAGGUUACCUGUCCCAAGGUCAACCAGUUCAGGCAGCUUUAUGCGAAAGUGAUCAACGACAAACAUGAUGAUGUCAUGGCCAAGUUUGGCGCCAUCCUGGCCCAGGGAAUUCUGGAUGCAGGUGGAAGAAACGUGACCAUCUCUCUGCAGUCCAGAACCGGGCACACUCACAUGCCAUCCGUGGUCGGCCUGCUGGUCUUCACCCAGUUCUGGUUCUGGUUCCCCCUCUCCCACUUCCUGUCACUAUCUUUCACACCAACAGCUAUAAUCGGGCUCAACAAGGACCUGAAGAUGCCAAAGGUGCAGUACCGCUCCAACUGUAAGCCGUCCACCUUCGCCUACCCUCCAGCUCUGGAGGUUCCCAAGGAGAAAGAGAAGGAGAAGGUAUCCACCGCCGUUCUCUCCAUCACAGCCAAAGCCAAGAAAAAGGAGAAGGAGAAGAAAGAGAAGGAGGAGGAGAGGAUGGAAGUGGAAGUCCAAGAAACAGAAAAAGAAAAGAAAGACGAAGACAAGGAGAAAGAGAAGAAAAAAGAAGCAGAGCCCAACUUCCAGCUCAUGGAGAACCCGGCCAGAGCCAUGCCAGCUCAGCUCAAAGUCCUCGCCAUGCCGGAGAGCUGCCGCUACCAGCCCUUCAAACCGCUGCACACUGGUGGGAUCAUCAUCUUGAAGGACACCAGUGAAGAGGAAGAGGAGCUGGUGGAGCCGGUCUCGGCACACGGACCCAAAAUAGAGGAGGAAGAGCAGGAGCCGGAGCCUCCCGAGCCGUUCGAGUAUAUCGAUGAGUAGAAACACUCCUUCAGCAAAGGUAUCAGAAGAUGGAAGAUCCAACACUUUGGUUUCCUUUCAGCAUCUGUGUAACAGCCUCCAAGCCCCGCCCCUUUCUGUUCUGGAUUUUCCUCAGUCAUUCUAGCUUUGUUUUAUAAUCUUCUGAUGUAUAAUUCUCAGUCUGUUCAAUAAAAAACUAUACAUGUUA